AUGGUCCAAGAAUUUGAAAUGACAGAUAUUAGAUUUAUGGCUCAUUUUCUCGGCAUUGAAGUGGCACAAAGAAAAGAUGGAAUUUUUAUUUCCCAAAGUGGCUAUGCCAAGGAAAUUCUCAAGAGAUAUGGAAUGGAGAAUUGCAAUCCAGUGAACAUUCCUGUAGACAGUGGAGUGGAGCUCAAAAAAGGUACAACGAUGGGUGAUGUGGAUCCAACUUAUUUCAAGAGCUUAGUUGGAAGUCUUCGCUAUCUUACUUACACCAGGCCAGACAUACUCUAUGGAGUAGAACUGAUUAGCAGAUAUAUGGAAACACCGGAUCAGUCACACCUUUAUACAGCAAAGAGAAUUCUUUGCUACAUCAAAGGUACAAUUGAUGAUAGUUUAUUCUAUAAACCAAUUGGUAAUUUCAGUCUUGUUGGCUAUUCAGAUAGUGACUGGGGACGUGAUUUAGAUGAACGAAAGAGUACUGCUGGGUUUGCUUUCUUUAUGGGAAAUACAAUGUUUACUUGGUCGUUCAAGAAACAAGCUAUUGUGACACCGUCAACUUGCGAAGUUGAGUACGUUGCAGCCAACUGA